GCGGAAAGAAGCAGAAGAAGAAGAAGACGCGUGCUGCUGGAGGUCAGGACAUGACGCGAAGAGAAGUUGAGUAACAUGUCAUGAUUAGCAGCCGUUGUCACUCGGAAAUUUACCGACGGAACCAAAACUAUACAUUUUUUGGACAGCAACUGUUUACUGGGCUCUUUCGACAACUCAUCUUUAUAAACCUCCCAUAGGGUUUUGAGUGUUUCGACAUCAGUAGCUAGUUUUGCUAACGUUAGCUCGCAGCACCUCGGGUCUGUUUUUUUCGCCAGGUGACCCUUCAGAUCUUUCAUAGCCAUGGAUAACAAUUCACAAGGAUCAGGGGGAAUAAAGGCGGGUCUCGGGGGUCUCUUCGGAGGUGGUGCACCUGAAUACUCCAACACAGAGCUCGCCGGGGUCCCUUGUAAUGACGGGAAUGAGCCUUUGUCACCUUAUCUCAAUGUCGAUCCUCGUUACUUGGUUCAGGACACAGAUGUCAUUCUGCCGACGGGGGCAAAUAAAACCAGAGGAAGGUUUGAGUUGGCCUUUUUUACCAUUGGAGGAUCCUGUAUGACAGGAGCUACACUUGGAGCAUUAAACGGUCUAAGGAUGGGUCUAAAGGAGACCAGAGACAUGGCAUGGUCCAAACCUCGUAAUGUUCAAAUUCUCAAUAUGGUGACCAGACAGGGUGCUUCAUGGGCCAACUCUCUGGGCUCUGUGGCGUUGUUGUAUAGUGCGUUCGGUGUAGCAAUAGAAAAAGCCAGAGGAGCAGAGGAUGACAUCAACACAGUGGCUGCUGGAACUCUGACUGGGAUGCUCUUUAAAUCAGGCAGUGGGUUAAAAGGCAUAGCACGUGGAGGUCUGGCAGGUUUAGCCUUGGCGGGUGCCUAUGCUGUUUACAACAACUGGGACCACCUCACUGGCUCCUCAUCCUCCUCCAGACUUUACUGAACAUUGCCACACAUCUGCUUCUACAAAAAGGGCCAAAUCUGUCCGGGACACAGCCUUUAAUGACAGCACUAAGAAGGCUUAGACUCUGGUCAAACUCAGUGUGCUCUCCAGGGACGGGCAGGUCAGGUCCCACCAUUCGCCUCCCUGCUGAGGAGCAUUGUGGGAUGUAACAAAUAUAUGUGAAAAAUUCUGCUGGAAUUAAUGAAGACCGUCCCUGAAUUCCCCUCCAUUCACUAGUUUUCCCUUCCAGAGUGUCCCUGUCACUGAUAAGAUCUAGAUCGGUGAUGAGAACACUUUGUGCUGUAUAGACGAUAUUUCACUUUAUAUGGGAGAACAAUUCCACUCCUGUAAAACUUUUAAAAUCAAGGUGACAUUAACCCUAAACUCUUGGGUUUAAUGCGCCAAUAUUAGUUUCCAAAUGACAUCUGGUGUGUGGUCACCAGAUGAAUGUUCCUGUGUUUCAAUUUGGGACUGAAAGACUUUUCUCUAGUAGAAGAAUAAACAGAUUCAUCUGAAACCUGUGAGAACAGAGCCAGUUCUGCAGUUAUAUUUAUUACUGAGCUGUAACACAGUGGGAAAUGUUUUAUUGUGCGAGAAAGGAUCUUGUUCAAUGUGAAUUUGACUGUAAAGCUGUAUUGUCAAUAUCAAACCCACUGUAUUAUUAACUGAAAUUAAAAAAAAAAGGAAAACAAUCACAAGGCUUUUGCUUUUUAACAAAUUUAUUGCGUAAAUGUAGACUGGAUGCAGGGCUGGGUAUUUUAAGUAAGGGAUCAUGUAAAGCAGGUCUGUCAUUUUUUGUUAUAACCUUUUAGCAGCCUUUUGUUUAUAU